AUGGCAGAACGUGGUGGAACUCGCGGUGGAUUUGGCACACGGGGAGGACGUGGUGGUGCUUCACGUGGUGAAGGUGGCGAAGGCCGUGGACGAGGUCGCGGUGACAGCCGUGGUCGAGGUCGUGGUCGUCGUGGUCAACGUCCAAAAGAAGAUUCAACUAAAGCAUGGGUCCCUGUUACAAAACUGGGUCGAUUAGUUAAUGAUGGCAAAAUUCGUACAAUCGAAGAAAUUUAUCUAUUUUCAUUACCAAUCAAAGAAGCCGAUAUUAUCGAUCGUCUCUUACCUGACCUUAAAGAUGAAGUACUUAAAAUUAUGCCCGUACAGAAACAAACACGAGCUGGUCAACGUACUCGUUUCAAAGCCAUCGUUGUCGUUGGUGAUGGUAAAGGUCAUAUUGGUCUCGGUGUUAAAUGCUCGAAAGAAGUAGCAACAGCCAUUCGUGGUGCUAUUAUACUUGCCAAACUUUCCGUUAUUCCCGUACGACGAGGUUAUUGGGGUAACAAAAUCGGUGCACCGCAUACAGUACCAUGCAAAGUCACAGGCUCAUGUGGUAGUGUUCUCGUACGUUUAAUUCCAGCUCCUCGUGGUACAAGUCUUGUAUGUGCCCCAGUACCAAAGAAACUUUUACAAAUGGCUGGUAUUCAAGAUUGUUGGACCGCUGCCAAAGGAUGUACCGCUACACUUGGCAAUUUCGCUAAAGCAACGUAUGCUGCCAUGUCCAUGACAUAUUCAUAUUUAACGCCUGAUCUAUGGAAAGAAACUGUUUUCACUAAAGCACCGUUUCAAGAAUAUAGUGAUCAUCUUGCCACUACAACUAAGAAAUACACUGUUGGUGUAGUUGACAAAAGUUAUCAAUAG